CUCCUCCCUCCCUCUCCCCCGCCCGCCUCCCCCUCCUCCUCCCGGCGCCCCGGGCCCAGGCGGCGUCAUGAGCAGUCUCUGGGUGCGCGCGGCACUGCGGGGGCUGCUGUGCAGCCCUCUGGACCUGGGUCCGAGCCUGUGCGCGCGCGCCAACUCGGGAGGGUACCCGUGGCCACGGGAGCGGACCCUGGUAGCAGUGAAGCCGGACGGGGUGCAGAGGCGAUUGGUGGGAGACGUGAUCCGGCGCUUUGAGCGGAGGGGCUACAAGCUAGUGGGGAUGAAGAUGCUGCAGGCACCUGAGUGCGUGCUGGCCCAGCACUACAAGGACCUGAGGACGAAGCCCUUCUACCCAGCCCUCAUCAGCUACAUGCGCUCCGGGCCUGUGGUGGCCAUGGUGUGGGAAGGCCCGGAUGUGGUGUGUGCUUCCAGGGCCAUGAUUGGGCACACGGACUCAGCUGCAGCGGCUCCCGGCACCAUCCGGGGGGACUUCAGCAUGCACAUCAGCAGGAAUGUCAUCCAUGCCAGCGAUUCGGUGGAGGGAGCGCAGAGAGAGAUUCAGCUGUGGUUCCAGAGCAGUGAGCUGCUUGACUGGCCAGACCUCCACAGCCCUGCUCAUCCUGCCUGACCUCGAACCCACCGUGACACCUACCUCCGCCUCCUGGAACGGCAGCCACCCAGCCCAGCCCAGGGGCUUCCAGCCAACCUCAGUGCCUUUCUGCACACUCAGCCAGAGCUGUCCCCUGUGCCUCCCCAGCGUGACCCUGUUGACCCCACAGAGGGGACAUUAAAGUUCACGUUCUCUGUA